AUGCAACGAGUGAAAGAGGAGGCGCGAGUGAGAAGAGUGUGUUGGUGGAUUGUAGGUGGGGCGAGUGUGGUAAGUCGUCUGCUGUCUUCGUGGGCGGCGGGGCGGCCGAGAGUCUCCUCCACACUGUUGACCGCAGUGACGCUUAUGUUGUCCGGCGUCGCUGUGUGCGUGAUGCCCUACUUGAGCAGUCUUAUCGGUCAAAUUGUUCUCAUGGUGAUCUACGGUCUGGCUGUCUCGCCCUUCUUUUCGCUGACUUCCAUCAUUAUCUGCGACAUUCUUGGCCUGGAGGCGCUGACUAACGCCUACGGCAUUGUCACCAUGGUGCGUGGUGUGGCGAGCACGAUAGGAUCGCCAGUUGCAGGUAGGUUGCGGCAUUGA